CUUUCGAGCUUUGAUAUUCAAUGGAAAAAGAAUGAAAGUUUGAUUCUGGUAAGUGCUAUUUUAGUUGGGAAACGGAUCUGGCCCGAUUCUAGGCCAAGACAGCCAUUGUUACCAUGGCAACUGAGUGGUCGUUCAAAUCGCCUUUUCUCUAGGAAGGACACUUCAUUUCGACUGCAAACACACACACAGCCUACUCUAGUGCUUAGCUAGUGAUUCAUUGCAUAAAAUUUAGAUCUUACUCUUGUGGCGACGGACAAAAGCAGCAACUUUUCCAGCGUUCGCUGUGGGACUUCUACUGGAAACAAGGAAAUAGUCAAUCCACAACUGACAUCCCAAAUCAGAUCUGUGCCAUGUACUUGCUUUGCUUGACAACACUGGAUCAUUCAAGCCAACAGUAAACAAGUCCCAAUCAGAAAUAAAAAGAAGCCAACUGUCUCGACAUACGGCUGUUCCGACUACGAAGAUCAGCAUUAAAGUCACCUAAAAUGAUCACUUCAUCAUGGCCAUUCAUGUCUAGAAUACUUUCCAGAUAACCAAUCUCAGAGAUGUAACCAUUCGAAGACAAAGUGUCACAUAAUCAACUGGUAAGUAAACAGCAACAAUGAGCAUAAUUCCAAUACUUGAUUUAACUCGAACUGCAACAAUCCUAUCCGACACAGUGGUUAAGAGAGAUAUCAUAUAAUGACUCCGCCUAUGCCAUAAAAGAGCUUUUUGGCGUGUCUAGAAGCACGAUUCAAAGAAGACUGCGAGAAUGGGGCAUACAAGUAUGCCAGCGAUUCAGUCGAAUUUCUGAUGCAGAGUUGGACAGGCUAGUCACAGAAGUGAAAUGUGAUUUCCCUGACGCUGGCUAUCGCUUAGUACAGGGACACUUGCGCUCAAGGGGCUACAGUGUUCAGCAACACAGAGUGAGAUUGUCUGUAGCACGUGUUGAUCCAGAAGGAGUAGCUGAGAGGUGGGCUAGAUCUAUACCGAGAAGAGUGUAUAGGGUUUGUGGACCAAAUGCUCUCUGGCACAUCGACGGAAAUGACAAGGUCAUAAGGUAAAUUAUUUAGAUGCAUCAUACAGAUUUUACAUCUAUACCAUUUGUGAUCCCCCCCCCCCCCGUGGUGCUUGUUUAUUGUUUUAUGCACUUCAUAGGUAUUGAUUUGUAAUACAUGCAGACAUUGAUGGAUUUAGCAGACUGCCCGUGUAUUGCAAGUGCUCAACUAACAAUCGAGCAUCCACUGUUUUACAGUGUUUUAUAGAAGCAGUUGCAGGUUAUGGUGUGCCCUCAAGAGUGAGAUCAGACAAAGGUGGUGAAAUGUAGAGGUUUCUCUCUAUAUGCUGCAAUGUUGAGGCACUGGAAGAGGAAGUAUGAUAACUGGUUCAAGUGUCCACAAUCAGAGAGUAGAAAGAUUUUGGAGAGACUUGUUUGAAGGCUGUACUUUUCUAUUCUACUUUCUAUUUCGCAAUAUGGAGAUAAUGAGUCUACUAGAUCCUACAAAUGAGACACACCAUCAGUACUGCAGGAAACAGAAGUCCAUGCAGUUGUGGAUAGAAGGAAUGUUAAGAGGUGCUUCUUUGGAUGAGUUGGAAGACUUGCAAGAGGUUGAAGACUUGGAUCAAUAUGGCAUAGAUGGCAAUGGUCCUGUGCCUCUUGAUGGGCUCCAAGACCAAACAGUGGUUGUUCCUGAAACCAUUUCACAGCUGAGUCAGGCUGAUCUCAAUGCUCUGCAAUUGCACGUGAACCCGCUAGAAUUUUCGGAUUGUCAUGGCACUGAUUUGUAUGUUCGUGCUCAUGAAUUUGUUCAGGAUGUAUUUUUGUAAAAGUAUCAUUAUAUUUUUUGU